AUGGCGAGACCGGCGUACGCGCACCUCCUCCACGCCACCGUGGUGCUCCUCCUACUCCUGCUGGCGGCCACUGUGUCGGCGGUGACCGCGGCGCCCACGCAGGCCGGCGCCCUUCUGGCAUGGAAGGCCAGCCUCGGCCACCCAGCCGCGCUGUCCAGCUGGACUCUGGCCACGCCGGUCUGCUCCUCCUGGCUCGGCGUGGCCUGCGACGACGCCGGCCGCGUCACGUCGCUCAGGCUCCGGGGACUCACCGGCACGCUGGGUGCACUGGACGCUGCGGCGCUGCCGGCCUUGGCCGCGCUCGAUCUCAACAACAACAACCUCACCGGCGCCAUCCCGGCAAGCCUCUCGCAGCUGCGGUCCCUCGUCAAGCUCGACCUUGGCAACAAUGGCUUCAAUAGCUCCAUCCCGCCGCAGCUCGGCGACCUCUCCGGCCUCGUCGACCUCCGACUCUACAACAACACCCUCGUCGGCGACAUCCCGCACCAGCUCAGCAGGCUCCCGAGGAUUGUGCACCUCGACCUGGGCAGCAACUACCUCACCAACCCGGACUACAGCAAGUUCUUGCCCAUGCCCACCGUCACCUUCCUGUCGCUCUACUUCAACCGUCUCAACGGCAGCUUCCCAGAGUUCAUCCUCAAGAGCAGCAGCAUCACCUACCUAGACCUGUCGCGCAACACUCUGUCUGGCCCGAUACCGGACUCGCUGCCGGAGAGCCUCCCCAACCUCGUGUACCUCAACCUGUCCUUCAAUGCCUUCUCUGAGCAGAUACCGGCGUCGCUGUCGAAGCUGGGGAAGCUCCAGGACCUGCGGAUUGGCAAUAACGAGCUGAUAGGUGGAAUCCCCGAGUUCCUUGGUUCCAUGUCCCAGCUGAGGGCUCUCGGACUCGGUGGCAACCCGCUUGGCGGGUCGAUCCCGCCGGUUCUUGGCCGGCUCGAAAUGCUACAGCACCUUGACAUCGGGAACGCCAGUUUGGUUUCCACUAUUCCACCUGAGUUGGGCAACCUUGGCAAUCUCAAAUUUGUGGACCUGUCCUUAAACCAGCUCACCGGUGGCUUGCCAGCGGAGUUGGCCAGGUUGCGCAAAAUGCAGGAGUUAUCAGUAGCAUACAACAAACUCACCGGUCAGAUUCCACCGGCUUUGUUCAUGCACUGGCCAGAGCUCAUAUCGUUCCAAGUGCAGUCCAACUCGUUUUCAGGGAAGAUUCAACCGGACCUCGGCAAGGCAACCAAACUGAAAAUCUUGUAUCUCUUCAGCAACAAGCUUGUCGGCUCUAUCCCUGCAGAGCUGGGCGAGCUGGUGAACCUGGAAGAGUUGGAUUUAUCGGACAACUCUCUCACUGGAGAGAUCCCCAGCUCGUUUGGCAACCUCAGGCAGCUCACGAGCCUGGUGCUCUCCUCCAAUCAGCUCAGUGCCACGAUCCCGCCGGAGAUUGGCAACAUGACAGCGUUGCAAGUCUUGGACGUCAACACCAACAGUUUGGAAGGUGAGCUGCCCGCUACCAUCACGUCGCUCAGGAAUCUCCAAAACCUUGCCCUACAUAACAACUACUUCAACGGUACCUUACCACCGGACCUCGGAAAGGGGCUAAGAUUAGCCGAUGUAAUUUUCGAGAACAACAGCUUCUCUGGCGAGCUGCCGCAGAGACUGUGUGAUGGCCUUGCGCUGCAGUUCUUCAUGGCGAAAGACAACAACUUCAGCGGUAGGCUGCCGCCCUGCUUGAAAAAUUGCAGAGAGCUGUCCUGGGUGUGGCUGCAUGGCAACCAAUUCACCGGCGACAUCUCUGAGGUGUUUGGUGUCCAUCCCAACUUGGAGAACGUUGAUGUCUCUGGGAAUCAGCUGACAGGGAAGUUGUCGUCUGACUGGUCAAUGUGCACAAAUCUUCAACACUUAAACAUGAAGGAUAACCGAAUAUCUGGCAAUAUUGAUGCAACCUUCUGCGCAUUGACCUCUCUCCUGACUCUGGAUCUAUCAAAUAACCAAUUCACCGGGGAGCUCCCAAGUUGCUGGUGGGAAUUCAAACUUCUGUUGACUAUGGAUUUGUCCAACAAUAGCUUUUCAGGUGAACUUCCUAUAUCAACGAGCCUGGACCUUAAACUCGAGUCACUUUUUCUUGCUAACAAUUGCUUUCUUGGAGUUUUUCCAUCCGUCAUUGAAACCUGCAGAGAUCUCAUCAUUCUAGAUCUUGGGAACAACAUGUUCUUUGGUGAUAUCCCCUCUUGGGUUGGAACCAGUGUCCCUCUUCUAAUAAUUCUGAGCCUCCCAUCCAACAACUUCAGUGGUGUCGUUCCACCCGAGUUAUCCCAACUUUCUGAUCUGGAAGUCCUGGACCUGUCCAGCAACUCCUUCUCAGGUGAGAUCCUCAUGGCCGUGGCAAACCAAAACUGCUCUCUCAAAUCGGUCCAUCUGGCCGGCAAUGGCUUUGCAGGCACCUUCCCACUGUUCCUGCAAGGCUGCAACUCACUGGUCAACCUGGACAUCGGGAACAACCUGUUCUUUGGUGGUAUCCCAACAUGGAUCGGGAGUCACCUUCCAUUAUUGAAAAUCCUUAGAUUUAGAUCAAACAAUUUCACCGGAGAAAUCCCCCCUGAGUUAUCGAGGCUUUCGCAACUUCAACUGCUCGAUAUGGCCAAAAAUAGCUUGAGAGGAUCAAUUCCGGUAGCCUUCGGCAACUUGACCUCCAUGAGGCAUAAUCUUCCCCCAUUUGACCCUGAUCAGGUUUUCCAUCUUGGUAGAGUCAACAUAUCUUGGAAGGGCCGUGAACAAACUUUUUGGAACGGCAUCGGGUUAAUAACAGGUAUCGAUCUAUCAUGCAAUUUACUUACAGAGAACAUCCCGGAUGAGCUAACACACUUGAAGGGUCUCCGGUUUCUGAACUUGUCCAGAAAUGACCUGUCGGGCAGCAUUCCUGAAAGAAUCGGCAGUUUGGAGCUCUUGGAGUUCCUUGACCUCUCAUGCAAUGAACUUUCAGGUGGCGUUCCUCCCAGCAUUUCAAAUCUGCCGUCCCUCAGCAUGCUAAAUCUCUCAAACAACCGCUUGGAGGGCCACAUACCCACUGGGAACCAGUUACAGACACUUGCAGAUCCAUCAAUAUAUGGCAACAAUCAGGGGCUCUGCGGCUUCCCGUUGAGCGUGUGUGAGCCCACGUCGGGAAAGAGAGCUGAAGACCACACAAAGCUCAGAGACCUUGGUCUGUGUUACUCUGUGAUUCUUGGCAUCGUUUUCGGCUUCUGGCUUUGGUUUGGAGCUCUGUUCUUUCUGGAGCAGUGGAAAUUUUGUUUUCUCCGUUGUGUUGACGGCUUAGGGAUCAAGAUAGCUGUCAGGAGCUAAGGCCUUCACAUGUAAAUCAGCAGCAAACGACAUUAGCGUCAAUUAUGUACUGUAUGCUCCUUUUAU